UUAAGGAACACCACCAUUAUAAAUUGAAAAACAAAAACACGUAAAAUUAAUGUGCAAUUUUAAGAUGUAUUUUUAAUAAUUUUAGACAUUAAUAUUUAUCAAAUGCGUUAGGCGACACUAAUUAACCAGUCACGGACCGCUCUUUACAACACUGUUUUGACUCAUAUUUCGUAAUUGGUCCGAACGACCAGUAAACGGAUUUACCGUAUAAAUUUUAAGUUAAUUAUAGAAUGCAUUGCACUACAAAAUGGUGGUGAAGAAUUUUGGUAGGAUAACACAAGUUUUUUCUCGGUUGCGUUUUAUGCGUGGCAUUGGUGCAAAUACAAAUGAUCACACAGUCAAAGCGCGGAGCAGCUACAAGCCGAUGACACAAGUAUCCCGAUCAUUAUGUAGUGUUUACACCCGACACCAACAGCGACAGAAGUCUGAACGCAGCAGCUCAACGUAUCCCAAUCACACGGCGCUGAUAUUCACGGCCGCGUUUAGUUUUAAUUUUUUUACCGUCGGCGAUGGCAGUGAUACCGAAGAAACGCCCGAAACGAAGCUGGUGGAUACCAUAAAGCGUUCUAUAUUAUGCAUACAAAACGAGCAAUACGACAAGGCCGAACAGAUGCUGCAUCUGGCGCUGCGUAUGGCCCAAGAUAUGAAAUCAGCGCACGGCAUUACCUAUGUCUACGAUCUGAUGGCCAAUUUGGCCAUGGAACGCGAACAGUUUAAAAAGGCCGAAAACAUAUUUGUGGAUGUGAUGAGGCGCCUAAUGUCCGAGGGGCAUACGGAAGACAGCCCCAAAAUACUGCACAUUAGCUCCAAAAUAGCGCACAUGUCGCAGCUGCAGGGCGAAUUGGAAAAGAGCUUUCAGGGAUUCACAUGGACACUGCAACGCCUAGCUAAGCUGGUGCAGGAAAUGCCGCAGGAUAGCGACAUACUUGAGCUAUAUGGCUUGACUAAGAACUGGUUUGGACAGCUGCUUAUGAAACAGGGCAAAUAUGAGGAGGCCAAGAACAUGUUCAAGGAGGCCCUAGCCACACUGGUCGAGGUCUAUGGCAGCCUCAACGAUGCCUCGGUGACCAUUUUGAAUAACAUCAGCGUGGCCUAUGUGAACCUGGAAAAUUACACCGAAGCCAAGGAAACUCUAUUACAAGCACUGGCCAUAGCCAAGGAGCUAAAGGAUGCCGCCCAGGAGGGCGUCCUUCAGGCUAAUCUGGGUUUGGUUUACCUGCGCGAAGGCCUGCUAGCCGAAGCGGAAAAGUUCUGUCGGCUCGCCUGGAAAAUGGGCAAGAGUCAGAAAAAUGCAGAUGCUAUUGAGCAGGCCGAGUAUUGUCUUAAUGAAAUUAAAGCCACCAUAAAUGGCCAAGUUCGCUAGAACAUCAAAUUUUAUUUUGUAUCAUUACAGUUUGACUUUUUGAAAAAGAAAAAAAAAAAAAACAAAAGUAAUGCAUGAUAUAGGCGCCAAAAACACCGCUAUUAAAUAACCUUCGAACAAUUUUCUAUUAA